AUGUCGCUCGUCGCGCCCUCGCUCCCCUCGUGGGUCGACAACCUCCGCUCAAAGGUGACCGACAACCUCAAGCAGAACAAGGACCUCAUCUCGUACGCCCUCGCGACCCACGACACGGCCACACCGCACUCGGACGCUCCCGUGCCCCGGGUGCGCUACGUCGUCCACCGCGGGUUCGUCAACGAGCGCCGCAAGGACGGCGACGGCUCGAACAACGCCGUCAAGGACCACAGCGACAAGGACCUGAUCAGCGACAAGCUCGUCAUCACGACCGACGCGAGGUCCCCCAAGGCCCGCCAGCUCGCGUCGACCCCGACAGUCGAGAUCGCGUGGUGGCUCGCAGCGACGCAGCACCAGUUCCGCUUCCUCGGCCGCGCCUACGUCCUCGCCUCGCCCUCCUUCUCCUCCGCUACCAACACCAAGCCCUUCCCUUUCCCGUCCGAGCACCUCGCGCCGUACGGCGACUUUUCGUGGGAGGACGAGCGCAUUCGCCAGUUUCGCAAGAUGUCGCCCGAGCUGCGCGCGAGCUUCUGCCGCCCUGUGCCGGGCACGACCGUCGCCGCGUGGGGCGGCAAGCUCGAGGACCUGCCCGUGACGCUCCCCGAGGGCGUCGACAAGGCCGAGAACGACGAGCAGAAGAAGCAGCUCGAGCAGGCUCUAGAGAACUUUGCCCUCGUCGUCAUCGACUGUACCGAGGUGGACCUCGUCGACCUCGGCUCGCAGCCCAACACUCGCACGCGGUGGACGUUCGACACGGCCUCGAACGAGUGGAAGGAGGAGGAGCUCGUCCCCUAG